GGAAACUCGUAGCUCUGCGGCAGAUCCGGUCUGGCCAUGGCUGACCAAGUGUUCCGUAUCGCUCAAACCAGUUUGGCGUCUUUCUUGGAGGCGUCCACCUGGUUACAGCUGCGGGUGUCGUCAUUGCAGGCAAAGGACUUGCCAAGCUGCCAUGACGUGGGGCUGCUGCUCGCGCGCAGCCUUUGCAAGGAUAGCCACAGCUCAUCUUCGGGCUUUUGGAGAAAGCUAGCCUUUUUGCGGAAGUUCUGGGAGCGGGGCGGCGGCAAUGAGAAGGUCAUCGAAGCAUUGUGGGGGCCUUUGGAGGGCCCGGACUGGCGAGUGCGGCAAGCGGUGCUCUCUGUCUUGCCGUGCGCUCUGUCGGGCUUCAAGUCCUGCAGCAAGGCAACGGUGGCGCGGGUGUUGCAGGCCCUUCAAGAUGAGUCCGCCGACGUGCGCGAGGCUGCCGUGCAGACUCUGCCGCUUCUGGCGGAGCCUGGCAAAGAAGUGGUGGAUGCGCUUCUGUCGCGCAUCCUUGACAGGAGCACGCUGGUGCGGCGUGCAGUGGUGAUUGCGUUGCCGGAGCUUUCGAUGCCCGGGGAUGAUGCAGUGAUCCACGCGGUGCUGGGCCGUAGGCUGGACGUGGAUCCGGACGUGCGGCGCGGGGCGCUGGCUUCCCUGGUGAAGCUCUGGCAACUGGGCCGAGGCUGCCAAGGCUCGGGUGGGUUGCCCCAGUCCUUGGUGGAGGCGGUGGCGAAGCGCAUUUCCGCGGACCCAGAGGAGGAGGUGCGGGUGGUGGCCGUGGUGGGCCUCAGCACCAUGGGCCGCGAGGGCGGCGUGGCGCUGCGUGUCCUGCAGGAGCUGCUGGUGGUGGCGAGCGCGAGGGAUGCCUCAGCUGCGCGGCAGGCGGCUUUCGCUCACUUGGCGCCCUGUGCAAAGGCCGCAUUUGUGCAGCAGGGGGAUGCUGAGCAGCUUGCUAGUCUUCGAAGCAUUGCCGGUGCUGUGGGGCAGGCGCUCAAGGAAGAGGAUCCGUCUUUGCGCCGCUCGGCGGCCGAGUGUCUGCGGGACUUGGGCCACCCCUCGCUGCUGGCCGCGGCGGAGGCGGGGAUCCGGGACCGGGACAAGAUGGUGCGGAGCGCCUGCCUCUCUGCGGCCGCCAGGAUGCGGCCAUCGAGCAAAUCCAAGCGCCUCUGCAUCUCCGUGGCCCUCCAGUGCCUGGCCGACGUCUCGGUGACCAUGCGCUGCGAAGCAGCGAAGGUUCUCCAAGCCUUAGGCAACACGGGGGACUCCUCCGUGGAUUCGCUGGUGGUGGAUGCUUUGCUGGGUCGACUGCAGGAUGCUCCCGAGGUCGCUUCUGGAGCUGCCGAGGCCCUCGGCUUUUUUGCCGACAGAUCCGUGAGCGAUGCUUUGUUGGAAAGAUUCCAUGCAUCAAGCAGCCUACAGAUGAAGUGCUCUGUAGUAAGAGCCCUGUCGCGGCUUGGAAAUGAGGCAGAUCUGACAACCUUGGCUGCGGACAUGAAGGACUUCCACGAAGAGGUUGUGCUGGCUUUUGCACAGGCGCUUGGCAACGGCAGGCGCGGCGACCCUGCAAUCAUAGCGGCUUUGCUCCGGCAAGUGCCCCUUGCGUCGGCAGAGACCCUUUGUGAGAUUCUCAAGGCGCUCAGCAAAGUAUGCAGUGGUGGUGACAGCAGAGCCACUGCGGCAGUCAUGAAAAUUGCAAGGGAGAGUGAGGAAUCACCCGUCAUUUUGGAGGCUCUCAAGUCGCUUCAGCACAUGGUGCGUAGAGGAGAUGAGCAAGCCAGUGGGAUGCUGCUGAAGCUUCUGAGCCACUCCCAGCCAUUGAUCCGCGGUGCUGCUGCCCAAUCUCUCGGAGCGCUGGGCAAGAAAGGCGACCCCACAAGCGUUUGCGCGCUUUUGAGGCUGCUCAGAAGCGACGAAGACGUGUCAAACCGUGUGGCUGCCAUUCAAGCAGUAGUGCAAUUGGCAGGUGUUCAUGGCAAUUGCAAGAGGAAGCGCAGCGAUUCCACGGCCAUUUGUGCUUUGGCUGAGUGCAUGAGGGACCCGCUGCCGGAGCUGCGGCGGGCGGCGGCGGCGGCGCUGCCGAGCCUGGCGCAGCGCGGGGACCCCGUGGCCGUGGCCGGGGUCCUCUUCGGGCUGGGCCACCAGGACGCGGCCAUCCGGGCGAAUGUGGCCGCAGCACUGCCGAAGGUGGCUCUGCCUGGAGACAAGGCGGUGAUUGCGGCCCUUUGUGGCGGUCUCAGUUUGCCGAGUUCGAGUGUUGGCCUGGAGACUUUUUGUGUCCGGAGGUCACAGCUUGGAGAGCGAUGCGGCCAUCGUGCAGGCGGAAGCGGCAAAUGCGCUGGGCGAGCUGUGCCAACAGGCGAAGGGCCGCGCGGUGGAGGAGCUCCAGGCGCGGCUGAAGGACUUGGACUUCCGCGUGCGCCGCGCCGCCAUGCUGGCGCUCAGGAGGAUUUGCGGCAUGAAGGCUGUGCCGAUGAUCAGCCAUGCCAUCCAGGCACCCGCCCAGAAGUGCCGACGCAGUGCCUCCUGGGCCGCCUGCUUCGUGCCAAGCUGAGGCUGCACCAUUCAGCUGAGAAGAGCUGAGCCUGCAACCGCAAGUUGGCCUGCAACUGCAAGUUGGUCCAAAUGACCGUGUUUGCUGAAGUGGCACGGUUCCCACCCACACUUUGACCGAACCAGUCUCUUUGGUGAGACAAAUACUUUGUCGCCUUCCUUCUGACAGAGGCGGAGCUUCUCCAGACCUAGUCCAUGUGGGAUGCAUGCUUGCCGGUGCUUGGGGAGAGCACGUGAAUUCGACUUCGGGGAUAGAUGAGUUUUCAUAGCUCAGUUCUUUGACGCCCUCGUCUCAGCACAAGCUUGCGAGGGGUUAGACAUGGUGAUUAGUGAGAUGCUCGUGGCGGACGGGCUGACGGGUAUGGCA